AUGCAAAAUCGUAUUUUCGUUGUUCUGCUAUUCUCCUCGAUAGUUCUCGUCGAGAGUAUUUUGUUCAGUUCGAAACCAAAAUGUCCGAUAAAGAAAUAUAAAUCCAACACAUACAUUACCGGUGAUCAAUUAUUACUCGAUGAGAAUUUUCACGAUCGUGUUAAACCAUUAGAAAACGUCGCUAAGACUUGCAAAGUACGUUUAACUAUUCGUGGAUCGUAUUAUCAACUACAACAAGCAGAUCAACAAGUGCUAGUGACUGAUGCGGAUCUGGUUAUUGGCCAUGGUUUUCGUUUUGAACUUCGAGAUGAAAACAAUGGAGUUCUAUGCAAUAAAAUAUGUCUCUCGAAAAAUCCAACCGAUAUUCCAGAAGUGAGAUGCUUUUUGGAAAGUGCGAUCAACCAUGGUUUAACAUGGUCAAAAUAUAAUUCCGAUGUUAUUAGCGAUGGAACGUAUGCUGCAAACACAGGUGGAUAUCAAGCAUUGAAAACUGACAUACAAACAAGGUGUCAAAAGGAAAAAUUCAAACGACAACUGUUACGUAUUCUUCGAACAAUGUACGAUGAAGAAGACAAAUGA